GUGUGAGAGCUGUUCCCCAUUUUUUUGUCAUUGACCCUCACCGCCGCCAUGGAUGAGCACGACUACGACGACCAGUACAACGAGGAAGAGGAGGAGGUCCAUGAGGCCCCCCGCCAAAAGCGCCCUCGCCAGAAGCGCGCCAAGAAGGACCCCAACAAACCCAAGAAUGCCCAAUCGGCCUACAUGUUCUUCAGCCAGAAGGUCCGCCCUCAGUUCUCCAAGGACAAUCCCGAUAAGAAGAUGACCGAUGUGUCCAAGCUCAUUGGUGCCGCCUGGCGCGAGAUGAGCGAUGCCGCCAAGAAGCCCUACGAGGAGAUGGCGCGUCGUGACAAGCAGCGCUACCAGCAUCAGAUGGCCACCUACGUGCCUCCCCCCACCCGCGAGCUCGGCAAGCGCGGCAAGCGCCGCAAAGACCCCGAUGCGCCCAAGAAGCCCCUGACGGCCUACUUCCUGUACGCCGCCGACCGUCGUGCCGCUCUCCGUGCCCAGAACCGCAACGCGACUGUGGCCGACAUUGCCAAGAUCAUUGGUGCCGAGUGGAAGGACCUCAGCGACGCUGUCAAGAAGCCCUACCAAGACCGGGCCGAUCGCCUCAAGAGCCAGUACCAGAAGGAGGUUGAGCUGUACAAGGCGACCCGCUAAAUGCACCGUUGGAUGAGGUCUAGUCCCAUCCCUCGGGCUUGUGUGUGCGUUCCCUUGUCUAUCUUCUGUGUAUUUUCGUGUUGUCCCUCCCUCCUGCUUUUGUUCCGUCCACCUGCUGGAGUGCGCGCUGGCGGGCGCUUGCAAUGUGAGGGUCGAUGCCUGGCAUGACGCGUGUUUUGUGUCCAUGUGUAACGCUUUUGUAGUGUUCCGCCAUGCGUCAUGGGUCUUUGUACAGCUGGCUGUUUUGCUCGUGAUGGAGGGUUGUAUGGGAUUUGGGUUGGGCUCGAUACCAGGCUUGGUUGUACCAACAUGGUGUCGUGCCCCUCCUCUGUUGGUCUCAAAUUUCCAAUCCCGCCUCCUCCCCCGCCUCAUUGGCUGUCUCUUCCUAUGCGUUGAGUGUCUUCUCUUUGUCUUAUUGUUUCUCUCUCUAUUGUGACUUGCUCGCGUGACAGAAAAAAAUUGAGAUGUGACGUGC